AAGUGGCUGGGGAGCUGGGGGGCCCCCGAGGGGGCGGUACCCGUUCCUCCUCCUAGCCGGAUGUUUGCCGAGCUUUGACAGGCGUGGCAGAGGGAGCCUUGCCGGAGCGCGGGAACAGCCUUAGCCAUGGAUCCCCUCUCGGAACUGCAAGAUGAUCUGAACUUGGAUGAUACCAGCCAAUCUCUGAACCAGCUGAAGCUCGCCUCCAUUGAUGAGAAGAACUGGCCUUCUGAUGAAAUGCCAGACUUUCCCAAGUCAGAUGACUCUAAAAGCAGCUCUCCAGAACCUGUCACACACCUGAAGUGGGAUGACCCUUACUAUGACAUCGCCCGCCACCAGAUUGUGGAAGUAGCAGGUGAUGAUAAAUAUGGGCGGAAGAUCAUUGUCUUUAGUGCUUGUCGAAUGCCCCCUAGCCAUCAGCUGGACCACAGCAAGCUCUUGGGGUACUUGAAACACACCCUGGACCAGUAUGUGGAGAGUGACUACACACUGCUCUACCUGCACCACGGCCUGACCAGUGACAACAAACCCUCCCUCAGCUGGCUGCGGGAUGCCUACCGGGAGUUUGACCGCAAGUACAAGAAAAACAUCAAGGCCUUGUACAUUGUGCACCCAACCAUGUUCAUCAAAACCCUGCUUAUCCUCUUCAAGCCUCUCAUCAGUUUCAAGUUUGGACGGAAGAUCUUCUAUGUGAAUUACCUGAGUGAGCUGAAUGAGCAUGUGAAGCUGGAGCAGCUGGGGAUUCCUCGCCAAGUGCUCAAGUAUGAUGACUUCCUCAAAUCCACACACAAGAGCCCUGCGACAGCUCCCAAGCCCAUGCCACCACGCCCUCCGCUGCCAAAUCAGCAGUUUGGGGUGUCAUUGCAGCACCUCCAGGAGAAGAACCCGGACCAGGAGCCCAUUCCUAUUGUGCUCAGGGAGACGGUUGCCUACUUGCAGGCUCAUGCUCUCACAACCGAGGGCAUCUUCCGGAGGUCGGCCAACACCCAGGUUGUACGGGAAGUGCAGCAGAAAUACAACAUGGGGCUGCCCGUGGACUUUGACCAGUACAAUGAGCUGCACCUGCCAGCAGUCAUCCUCAAGACCUUCCUUCGGGAGCUUCCUGAGCCCUUGCUAACCUUUGACCUCUACCCCCACGUUGUGGGCUUCCUCAAUACUGACGAAAGCCAGAGAGUGGAGACGACCCAGCAGGUUCUCCAGACUCUGCCAGAGGAGAACUAUCAGGUGCUUCGCUUCCUGACGGCCUUCCUGGUGCAGAUAUCUGCCCACUCUGACCAGAACAAGAUGACCAACACUAACCUGGCUGUAGUCUUUGGCCCUAACCUCCUGUGGGCCAAGGAUGCUGCCAUCACUCUCAAGGCCAUUAAUCCCAUCAACACCUUCACUAAGUUCCUCCUGGAUCAUCAAGGGGAGUUGUUCCCCAACAACACAGAUGCCCAGGGUGUCUGAGCUCAGCCCCCACCUCCAGCCCCUUCUCUGGCAGCCCCAGUUGGACUUGGCCUCCUGGUAGUAACCUUAUUGGAGUCCGGGGCUCCUGCCUAGGAAGGGGCCUGAAGGCCCAGGAGAUGGAAGUUGGAGCCCACUAACUGGG